UUCUCUGGCAGGUAACUUCCAAACAAGUUCUGCGAAGAACGCCUUGUGAGAGCUUUGCCUGAGGAGUGCUGUAAGUUCAAAGUGACUUCAAGAUACACAGCAAUGACAACAAAAAAAAAUAAGUACCAGAAAAAUAUUUGUGAGGCUACAUACCUGUGCUGUUGUUAAGGCGGGAAAUAAGAUUUUGCUGUAAAAAGAGAGGCUUAGGAAAGCGAGCAGAAGGCUACAGCAAGACAAAAACUGUUGUGUUCAGGAGGUUAUAUCUGUGAACCCCUGGCAUCAUAUUUGAAUUAUAAAUGUAAAAGAAUGGCAAGCACUCUACCUCCCUAUCCUAGAUCAGACACAGGGGAGAAGUUACAUCAGUGUAUGGAGUGUGGAAAACAAUUUGAAAAGAAACAUUCUCUUACUGUACAUGAACGGACCCACACAGGGGAGAAACCAUAUAAAUGCAUGGAAUGUGGAAAGAGCUUCAGUGAGAGUGGCCAUCUACGUCGCCAUCAAAGGAUCCACACAGGGGAGAAGCCACAUAAAUGCGUGGAAUGUGGAGAAAGCUUCAGUCAGAGUGGCCAUCUACGUCGCCAUCAAAGGACGCACACAGAGGAGAAGCCAUAUCAAUGCAUGGAAUGUGGAAAAUGUUUCAGUCGGAGUGGCACUUUACGUUCCCAUCGAAGGAUCCACACAGGGGAGAAGCCACAUAAAUGCAUGGAAUGUGGAGAAAGCUUCAAUCAGAGUGGCCAUCUACGUAGGCAUCAAAGGACGCACACAGGGGAGAAGCCCUAUGAAUGCAUGGAAUGUGGAAAAUGCUUCAGUGAGAGUGGCCAUCUACGGUUCCAUCAAAGGACGCACACAGGGGAGAAGCCACAUAAAUGCAUGGAAUGUGGAGAAAGCUUCAGUCGCAGUGGCACUCUACGUUCCCAUCAAAGGAUCCACACAGGGGAGAAGCCAUAUAAAUGUAAGGAAUGUGGAAAAAGCUUCAGUGAGAGUGGCCAUCUACGGUCCCAUCAAAGGAUCCACACAGGGGAGAAGCCACAUAUAUGCAUGGAAUGUGGAAAGAGCUUCAGUCUGAGUGGCACUCUACGGUCCCAUCAAAGGAUCCACACAGGGGAGAAGCCACAUAAAUGUAUGGAAUGUGGAAAGAGCUUCAGUCAGAGUGGCACUCUACGUUCCCAUCAAAGGAUGCACACAGGGGAGAAGCCAUAUAAAUGCGUGGAAUGUGGAGAGAGCUUCAGUGAGAGUGGCACUCUACGAUCCCAUCAAAGGAUCCACACAGGGGAGAAGCCAUAUAAAUGUAUGGAAUGUGGAAAAAGCUUCAGUCUGAGUGGCCAUCUACGGUCCCAUCAAAGGAUCCACACAGGGGAGAAGCCAUAUAAAUGUAUGGAAUGUGGAAAAAGCUUCAGUCGCAGUGACACUCUACGUUCCCACCAAAUGACUCACACAGUACAGAAGCCAUAGAAGUGCAUAGAAUGUGGAGAAAGUUUCAGGCAGAGUAACUAUCUCGAUUCCUUCCAAAUCUAUCUACAUUGCUUUCAAAGGAGCCACAUAGUAGAGAAGCCAUAUAAAUGCACGGAAUGUGGGAAGAGCUUUAGAGGAUGUUCAGCAUGCAAUAAACAUCACGGAACUCAUGCGCCGCUAGAGGAGACCUGCCUUUCAGUUUCUGAGCUCACUUUAAAAAAAUAUUGGAAGGAAAGAGGAAGGCUGGCACCUGGCUCUCUCU